GCCAGCCAAUUAAUAGUGUUAAGCGAUGGAGGAAAUUUAUGUCAAUGUGGAAGAUGGGAAACCUGUUUGCCAAAUUCCUACGUCUCAGACCGAAGGUUCAAGCAGCUACAAGAAGAAGCCCUUCCUGAUUGUUAUAAUAUUUCUGGGAAUCCUGAGUGUUUUACUGCUGGUUGGACUCAUCGUCCUUGGUCUCCACUCUUGGGACGUGGCAGCUGAUCUCUCUAACAUCAAUGACAAUCUUACUGACCGUCUCCAGGAAAGCAACAGCAAGCUUUACUCCAUGACUGAAGAACGAAACCUGCUUCAUGCUAACCUCACUGAAAUGAUGAAAAAGCUGAACAGGCCUCGAGGGAAAACAUGUCCUACAGGAUGGACAAAUUUCAGCUGCUCCUGUUACUUCCGCUCUACUGUUACGGGUUCCUGGGAUGAAGGAAGACAGGAUUGCCUAUCAAGAGGAGCAGAUCUGGUGGUGAUAAAGGAUAAAGAUGAGCAGGACUUUAUUUCCAGAUUUGCAAAGGAAAAAACUUGGAUUGGUUUGAAUGACAAAGAAACCGAAGGUUCUUGGAAGUGGGUGGAUGGAACCUCUAUGAAUCUUUCGUUCUGGAUAAAAGAUCAGCCUGAUAAUGGAGGUGGAGACCCCAAGUGGGGUAAGGAAGACUGUGCACAUGUUUAUGCACAGUCACAGUGGAACGACCUUUCAUGUGCAGCUUCUCUCCAAUGGAUCUGUAAAAAGCUACCACCAUGGAGUGCCUGAAAAAAUAUCUGCUGUUAAUGUAAUUUAAACAUUAUAAUUCUCACAUCACAUCCACCCGCCCCAACUGCCUCACCCCCUCUGCUCUGGUAUAUCUUAAAGUUUGAUGUUUGGAGCUUUUCUGUUAAUUAUCUAUGCCCUUUCUCUCCAAUGUUUUGGGUAGACUACAACUUUUAUUUCCAGUGUUAUGUGGAUGAUGUCCAGUUGUUCAUAUCUGUGAGGAUCCUGACUCUUAACGCUCUCAACCUCAACAAAGGUCUUUCUCUUUGGUAACCAAUCCAGAAACAACUUCUCUAUUGAUUUCAACAUUUUUUAUCUCCCAAUGUUAAGAGACUGGGUGCUUUCCUUGACAGGAGUCUAUCAUGUGGAGCAUAUAUGUGUGACUUAUAACUUCUCUGUUCUUCUCUGACAUCUUAGGGUUACUCUAAAGUUAAAAAAGUUUGAUUAUUAUAACCUUUUUGUGGACAAGGCCGUAAUUAUUAUAACGUUUUUUUUGUUAUUAUUUACUUGACAAGCCCAGUUUGUACCCGUUUUAAACCAAAUCAGUCAAAU